AUGAUGGAACUGGAGAAAUUAUACUACGAUCCGGCGCAUUAUGCGGGUUAUUCGGCGGUGGAUAAUCUGUCGCGCGCCGCUAAAACAAAUUUCUCCCGUACCACGGUCAUCCAAUGGCUCGAAUCGCAAGACGCGUAUACGUUACAUCGACUUUCGCAACGGAAAUUCCCGCGGCUUCAUUACGCCGUAACGAAUAUCGACGAUCUGUGGGAGGCCGAUCUGAUUGAGCUCCGUAAUCUAAAAAGUUACAACGAGGGAUAUUCCUAUCUGCUGGUGAUUAUCGACGUGCUUAGUAAAUACGCCUGGGUGGAGCCGUUACGCGCGAAAACGAGUAACGGCGUAGCGAGUGCUUUCCAACGAGUGCUCUCGAGAAGCGAGGGCCGCGUACCCGUCUACCUACAAACGGACAAGGGGAAGAAAUUUAUCGGGCGGGCGAUGCAAAAGGUGCUGGAAGAAAAUGACGUACGUUUCAGAGUAGCCCGCAAUCCCGAUGUCAAAGCAACGGUCGUCGAACGCUUCAAAAGAACGCUGAAGGAACGAAUGUGGCGGUAUUUUACACAUAAAAAUACGCGUCGUUACGUCGAUGUUCUGCAGAAUAUCGUAAGCGCUUAG